CGCUAGAGCUUUAUUAUUAGUAAAAAUACUGUACGGGCGGGCAUGGGUAUAGUUGGAGUUGGACUGGUAGUUGCAGUUCUUGUUGUCAUUUUUCUCAAGCUGCUGCACUCACUCUAUGAAUUCAUAAUAUUCCGUCGGCGUCUAAUGAAGAUCAGUGGCGAGCCUCAUCAUUUUCUGUGGGGACACCUACAAAACGGACAAAUAACUGAUCCAGGGGAGUCCGCCAUCAAGUUGCUGCUGGACUGUUUGAAGAAGUACGAAGGUCGACCGUUCCGCGUCGCGCUGGGACCGUUUGCAAUUGGUUGCGUGUUGGCCAAUCCGGACGACGUACAAACGGUCUUGAAAUCAUCUGAGCCUAAAGCAGAAAUUGCGUAUGGAUUGCUGAGACCUUGGCUUGGAGACGGUCUAUUGAUUGCAAGUGGCAAGAGAUGGCAUAGAAGUAGACGACUUCUUACUCCCGCAUUCCACUUUGAAAUUCUUCGACCUUAUGUUGAUGUUUAUAGAAAAUGCGCUAACACUAUGCUGGAUUUAUGGUCCAGUGCAGCCGAAAAGAAUGAACCUGUUGAAGUGUUCAAAUAUGCUAGCCACAUGUCACUUGAUGUACUGCUUCAGUGUAUUUUUAGCUGCCAGUCUGACUGCCAGACAGGAGUGGAAUCUUCUUAUGUCAAUGCUGUUUACGAGUUGUCUGAGAUUGUAGUCGAUAGGAUACUCUACCCUCCUUAUCAUAGCAACCUUAUUCAUGCUUUAACCCCUGCUGGCUGGAGGUUCAGGAGAGCAAAGAAAUUUGUUCAUGAUUUUUCACAGAAAGUUAUUAGUGAUCGUCGCAAAGCAAUAAAAAACAAAGAUACAUCAGACAAACUACGAAAACGUAAGUAUUUGGACUUUUUGGACAUACUGAUUGAGGCCAAGGACGAAAAUGGUGUUGGGCUAACAGACAGCGAAAUCAGAGAUGAAGUGGAUACAUUUAUGUUUGAAGGUCACGAUACAACAUCCAGUGGCAUUGGCUGGGCAUUGUAUUGCUUAGCAAAGUAUCCUGAGUAUCAACAAAAGUGUCGGGAUGAGGUGGAAGGAAUUUUGCAUGAUGGAAAAACGGAGCUGCAAUGGGAUGAUAUGAACUCGUUGGUGUUUACAACACAGUGUAUCAAGGAAGCUAUGCGUUUGUUUCCUCCUGUACCCAAUGUGCACCGUGAUGUCACCAGUGAUAUUCAAUUGAGUGACUGUGUUCUUCCUAAAGGUGCAUGGGCAUGGGUUGAUAUUUUCAGCCUUCACCAUAAUCCUCAUGUUUGGGAUAAUCCAGAGGAGUUCAGGCCCAGCCGUUUUUCUCCUGAAAAUUCUAAAGGUCGUCAUCCAUAUGCUUACGUUCCAUUUUCUGCAGGACCAAGGAAUUGUAUUGGUCAGAACUUUGCCUUGAAUGAAGAACGAAUGGCUGUAGCAAUGACUGUUUAUCGCUAUGAGCUGAUUGAAGUUAAAGAUCACACCUUUGAAAGAUUAAUUAAUGUGACGCUAAAAGCUAAAGGGGGAAUCAAGAUUUGUUUGAAGUUAAUCCCUCGUUAGGCAAUCACUAACUACUUUUUUGUAGGGGCAAACAGACUAUUUUUAUGUUGUGAACAUGUGUACUGUACACUCGGUUUCUAAAAUUGAAGCUAUUGCGUUUCGCUGGUCUUUGAUCAUCAGGUAUACAUAGCACAAGAGGUGUACAUAUUUGUUACAAUGCAAUACAGGAUAGCUCAUGAGGCAUUUUAUUCCAUUUGUAUUUAUCAGUGAUUUAGGCAGAUCUAGAU